AAUAUAGUGCAGUAGUUUAUAUAUACUGUAUGUGUGUAUGAGUUUAUGUGUUUAACUAUUAAAAAAUGUGAAAUAAACUUUUUUUCACUAUUCAAUUGAAACUUUAUGUUACUUUAUUUUAUUUCAAACAAAAAAUAGUUGCAAAAAAAUAUGAUUGCAAUGAUCAACCAAUUUAAGGAUAUAAUAUCAUCAAAAUGUUUCAUCAAUGCCUAUAUAUGCCGUCAAUUAAAUUGAAAUUAUUGCUAUAUAUUGUACUGUUGUUGACUUGUCUGACCAAAUGUGAUACCAAUAAUAACACCGAUGUUGUCGUUGACGACGACAGUGAUUCAGUGGCCAGCGAUGAUGAGGCGGCCAUACCUGAGGAAGUGGUCAACUUUUGUGAAGACAAUUAUAUCGAUUCGGCCUAUUUUAACGGUUACGAUAUUAUAGUGACCAGAGAUGACUGGCUCUGGUAUUACUAUAAAGAUUAUCAUAACCUGAGCUCACCAUUUAGUCAGAAACAGUUCACUCAAGGCGAUCACAUUCAGGGGGCGUUCAACAUAUCAAAGAUACCUAAAUGUAAUGUCGACGACAGUGUCGACUGUAAAGAGGUUCUCAAAAUGCGAGAUAUGGCCGUCUAUUUCCUACACAAUAAGGCCAGGAGUCGGUCCUACUAUAAUCUGGACGUCCGAAACAGGAACGGCAGCCAAAAGCGCGUCAAACCCAAACACCUCCCGUGGGGUAUGAAACAGGUGGGAUUAUUGGGCGGAAAUUUAUGGCCAAAUGGAUGGGAGGCCUAUCAAGAGCACCGGCCGGUAGCCUAUCUGCCGGCUCGCUAUGAGAUGAUAUUCAUAAUGAAUGGCCGAAACUUUUCCAAUACGGUGUUGGCCUGGAACUCGUUGGACACGAAAAACUGGAACAGUUCGUGGAGAUAUAAAGACAUUGGCGAUCAAGUGGUCUACACCGGUAUGUUUGAAAUGAAUGGCAUUGUCUAUGCAAUCGGAGAAACUAAAAACAGUAUCGAAAGAGUUGGCAAAGUAUACAGAUAUCAUAUGGCCGGACAUAAUGAUCGUAAACUAACCGAAACUCACCAAACAGUGGACGACUUUUUCGGUUGUCCCGAAAAACCACAAAAACGCCAAUCAAUAGUCAACACCAUACGUACCAAUCGCGAGGUCCGUACGGGCAGUAUAUUGAACGGCUCGUCGUCGUCCAAAUCGGUGACCACCGAUGAAGACUCGAUACUCAUAUCGAUAUUCAUUGGUAUAGUCAUUACGGCGUGUCUGACCACAAUCGUCUUGGCCUUCCUGACCAUCACCGGCCGCAAAAAGUCUAAAUUAAGCGACAGUCACAUCAUUGAGUCGACAGUACCGAAACAGAUGCCGGUCAUUGGCCUCGACUACAGUCCCCGACAGACGUCCAACAUAUCCCGAUUCGACUCCAUGUCAUCCAUAACAGCCAUUUACUCGCAGAUCAGUCGACCGCCAAACAAGACCAGCAAAAAAAGUAUCGAUUAUACCGUACAUGAAAACAAUCAAAACAAUUGUUAUUAA